AUGCUGGUCACUUAUCUACUAGGCGCUACGAUUACUUUCAUCGUGUACAGCACCAUUUCAACGGUCUCAACGAAGCGUCGCCAUGCAGUAGCAGCAAAGAGACUCGGCUGCGGACCUACGCCUAUGGAGAACUGGCCAGAUCCGUUCGCGCUUACCAAUCUGUUCAGGACGAUGUGGGCUCUCAGCAACAACACGAUCCUAGACUACAUGCGCAGUACCUUUGAUAAAACAUCUGCGAACAAGACAGUCCAUACGUACGAGACCAAGAUACUCGGGGACAAAGUGAUCUUCACAUCCGACCCCAAGAACAUCCAAGCCAUGCUAGCAACGCAGUUUAAGGACUUCGAACUUGGUCAAGUGCGGAGAGGAUCUUUUGCUCCUUUACUCGGUCACGGCGUCUUUUCAGCGGACGGAGAGCAAUGGGAGCGCGCUCGCGCUAUUCUUCGACCGCAGUUCACGCGCGAUCAAGUUGGUGAUUUAGAGUUGGAGGAGCGCCAUGUCCAGAACAUGCUCCAGGCUUUGCCUACAGAGGCAGGGGACUGGUCAGAGGUGAUAGAUCUCCAACCGCUUUUCCUUCGGCUCAGCAUGGACUCUACCAGUGAGUUCCUUUUUGGGCAGAGCACGGACACUCAACUUUCGAUGCUUUCUGAAGGAGCUUCAACAAAGAAUGUUGAAGAUACUGUAUUCGUUGAGGCGUUUGAAACCUGCCAGCGACGAAUCAUGAUGGCUAUGCUGCUCAACGAGUUCUACGCUCUCAUUCAGACGAAGAACUUCGUGGACAAGUGCCGGCUGUGUCACUGCUACAUUGACAAAUUCGUCAGUCAGGCGUUGAGCCGCCACGAGGGCCGCGACCAAAUGCAACAGCUAGAGAAAGAGCGGUACAUCUUCGCCGAUAAACUCGCAAGCGAAACCAGCGACCCCAUAGAACUCCGCAACCAGCUCCUUUCCAUCCUCGUGGCUGGUCGCGACACCACAGCUUCCUUCAUGAGCUUCCUGUUCCUCAUGCUAGCCCAGCACCCCGAGGUCUACAACAGGCUUCGCACAACCAUCCUCGAGGACUUCGGCACAUUCCAAUCUCCCAAGGACAUCACCUUUGCUGGUCUGAAAGCUUGUGCAUACCUCCAAUGGUGCAUGAACGAGACGCUUCGCCUGUACCCUCCCGUUCCGUGGAACUCGCGCCGCAGCACGCGGGACACGAGUCUGCCCAGUGGAGGCGGCGAAGACGGUCUGUCGCCUAUUUUUGUGCCCAAGGGAACCGAGACGGUGUAUAUUGUCUGGCUGAUGCAGAGACGGCCUGCGUUUUGGGGAGCCGACGCAGAGCAGUUUCGGCCUGAGCGGUGGCAGGAUCAUAAACAUGGUGGGUUUGAGUAUUUGCCAUUUAACGGUGGUCCACGCAUUUGCGUCGGACAGCAGAAUGCGCUGACCAAGACUGGGUACGUGGUUGUGCGCCUUCUGCAGCGAUUUGACAAAAUGGCGCGCGGAGCCGCGACAUCGGAUCCGAUCGAGUGGAGCUUCUCGCUGACAGGGAGGCCUAAAGAUGGGGUCAAGGUACGAUUGCACGCUGCACCUGAGAGGUAA